AUGGCGGCGCUAGAGGCGGCCAGUACCGUCCCCCGCGCGCUCCUCUCCGCGUGCCUCGUCCUGCUGGUCCUCGGCGGCGGUCCGUCGUCGGUGCUGCGCGGCGCGGAGGCGCAGGGUGGCGGCGGGCAGUGCCUGCCGCAGCUGAACGGCCUCCUGGCGUGCCGCGCGUACCUGGUGCCCGGCGCGCCGGACCCCAGCGCGGACUGCUGCAGCGCGCUGAGCGCCGUGUCGCACGAGUGCGCCUGCAGCACCAUGGGCAUCAUCAACAGCCUGCCCGGCCGGUGCAACCUCGCCCAAGUCAACUGCUGUACGCUUUAUAGCGAGGCCGCAACAGUUUCAUGA